GAUAACUCGUGCUAUCGGAAUAUACAAGAGAAAUAUACAAAUCAUUGGGCAAAUUGGGGUUUUACGCAUUUUAAAUUCGAGCGUAUCGGGUGGGAAAGUGAGUAAAACUAAAGAUUUCCGAUCGGGGAGCAAGUGCAGCACAGUCAGCGCGGAAUCGCAGUGUUCCGAACGUCGUCGCAGCCAGGUGAAGAAUGCGGAGGAGGAGCGACGACUGAGCGAGUGGAACCAAAACGGCUGCUGGUGGAUUCAGUCCGAUCCGGGGGCACCAAGACAACCCAAAAGCGCUGCGUCAUGUUCGGAUUCGACGGCGAGUACCGCCGGAGACCGGUCCAAAGUCUGGGCGGAGCCUCGCACACCUGCGACCGGGACACGGUGAUCAGGAAAGCGGCCCAGGAGCGCCAGAAGCGCAACGAGCUGCGCCAGAAGGAGAAUGGAGCCGUGCUCCUCCAGUCCUACGCCCGCUCCUUCAUCCAUCGGCAGCGGCGCAAGCGGGCGGAGCGGGAGGCUUUCGAUGGCUACCUGCUGGCCCACAAGAAUCGCCUGGCGGAGGAUGAGAGUCUGACCUUCCUCCUGCGGCGCCUCAAUUUCUUCUACAGCAGCCGGGAGACCAAGGACGGCGAGCGACUGAUCGAGGUGUGCCAGCAGAUCCUCCGCCAGCCUGCUCGCCUGCUGCAGCAUUCCUCCUCGGACUCCAUGUGGCUGCUGAGGCUCUGCAAGCUGCUGGACACCUGCCUGCUUCAGCUCAGUCUGUCGCACACGGCCCAGGCCAUUCCGCUGCGCAUGCUGGAGACCUUCACCACCGUCUCCUCUGUGCAGCGCUAUGUGGCGGAUGAGGGUGUGCUCUUCCGGUAUCUGGAGCGAGUCUUUGGCUUCCUGAUUGCCCGUAACUACUUUCUGCGCCUGCGACGCUUGCUGGACGACAAGUGUCCGCCGUUGGACGGAGAGACUUUGCAGGCACCGAGUCCGCUGGCCGAGGCUCUGCUCCAGCUGCUGCUGCGUCCGCUGGCAGUGGCCAAAAGGGCCUCCGCCGGUGGCCAGUUGUCGCCCAUGUCACUGGCCGUCUGCCAGAACUUCAUACGCGACAUUCUGGCCACGCCGCACACGGAUCCUCUGCGGUACUUUGUGCUGCCCUGCUUCGCGCAGAACGCUGACUUUCCCUUCGACUUGCUGAUGCAGUCGCUUUUCGAUGCACUGGAAAUAGUUGGGUCAGCGGAUGCGGACAGCAGCACAUCCAGUCGGCGGAGUUUCCUCUUCCAUGAAGCGGAAACGGGCCAAAAGAUUAGGCGCUUUGAUCCGCUCUUCUCGUCGUUUCUACUCAACUCCCUUCUGGUGCUCGAUCGCAGGCAGUUGGCAACCCUGCAACAGAGCUCUUUGCUGGUAGUCUAUGUCCGCCUCAUCGCCGAAAUGAUGCCCAACAUUCUGCAGCUGCCCAAGUCCACGCUACGCGGCCAUGCAAACGCCCCACAUCGUCACAGGGACAGCGAUGAUGAGUCCGAGGACUCGGAGGAGGAAGAGGAUCAGCCAUCGGCUCGCACCCUGGACUACGAUAUGGAGCAGACUUGCAGAACCAGUGGCGAACUGAGUGUCAAGGAACGUGAAUGUUUGCUAGAGUCCAUUGCCAUAUUGAACGAAACGGAGCGGGUGGACUUUAUUGUCCAGCAGCUUGAUCCACACAUCGAGAAUAGUCAGCUCAUCUAUGCGCUUUGCGAAAUAUGUCACAACUUAAUGAUCUACAACAAGCAUGCGGUCUUCGAGUACAAAUUGCUCUAUACUUUGGCUUUUACUCCCAAGUUCAUACGUGCUGUGUGGUUUAAGUUGGCUGCAGAGUCCUCUCAACUGGGCUUCUCGGCUCCACUGACCCUCAUUUCCAAGGGCGUUGUGCCUAAACAACAAGGAGUUGACCGCACUAUUCCCCUCUUGGCCACCUUUUGCAUGCUGUUCGGUCGCCUGCUGCCCACCCUGCAUGACGUGGAGUUCGUGGAGAACAAGCUGUUGCUGCAGGUCCAGACCCACAUUAACCACGUGCGACUCAUGCCCUUUUCCAUAGCGGAAAUUGUACAAAUGUCCAAGACACUGAAGGACAUUAGCAUGGGCCUGGUGGAACUGGCUUUCCCGGAGACCCGGAGCAAUUUGGCCAACUACCGCAGUGUUCUGGGCCACACGGAGGCCGACGACAAGAAGUUGCGGCAUCAGAAGCAAAUCUGGGCCAAUCUACUCAAUGUGGUUGUCUUUGUGCUCAACCAGAUUCACACACGCGACUUGCGUUUGGGCUUCUGUCCGGAGGCACACUGGACCGUCAGCAGGCUAGACUUGCCAUUGGACAGGCCCACAGAUCUGCCGCUGACCCAUAGCAGUCGCCUGCGGGGAAUCCGUCCCUUCCAGCCCAUUCGGGACUUUACUCGAGAGGAUUUCGAGAACGGACCACCUAUGUCUACCAAGCAGAUCCGCUCAAUCACCAUUCUUCGCGAGAUUCCCUUUGUGGUGGCUUUCAACAAGCGGGUGAGCAUCCUGCAGGGUUUAGUUGCGGCCAACAAAAUGCGGGUGCAGGGAAAUCUUCAAGCCUUCCUCCAGGGUCCCUUCAUUAUGAUCACGGUGAGGCGGUCGCAUCUCUACGAGGAUGCCUACGACAAGCUGCGUCCGGAAAAUGAACCCGAUCUGCGCUUCAAGUUCCGCAUACAGUUUGUUUCCUCGCUGGGACUCGAUGAGGCAGGCAUCGAUGGUGGUGGAGUUUUUCGUGAAUUCCUUUCGGAGCUGAUCAAAACUUCCUUUGAUCCCAAUCGUGGCUUCUUUAUGGUAACCACGGACAACAAGCUUUAUCCCAACCCAAAUGUCGCCGAUCUCUUCGAGGACUAUGAGAAGCACUACUACUUCAUUGGUCGCAUCCUGGGCAAGGCCAUCUAUGAGAACCUUUUGGUGGAGCUGCCAUUGGCCGAGUUCUUCCUCACCAAGCUGGCUGGCAAAUACUCGGAUGUGGAUAUUCAUCAGUUGGCCUCCUUGGAUCCCGAGCUGUACCGCAAUCUGCUGUACUUGAAGGACUACACGGGCGAUGUUAGUGAACUAAACUUAGACUUCACCGUGGCCAGCAGUUCGCUGGGCCAGACGCAGAUUGUCGAGCUGAAGCCGCAGGGCCAGAGCAUUCCGGUGACCAACUCGAAUCGCAUUGAAUACCUGCAGCUAAUAGCCGACUACAAGCUCAAUGUGCAGAUACGUCGUCACUGCAACGCCUUCCGCAAGGGUCUGUCCAACGUCCUGCCCAUCGAGUGGCUGUACAUGUUCAGCAACAAGGAGCUGCAAAUACUCAUUUCGGGUGCCGAGAUUCCCAUCGACCUGGAGGAUCUGAAGAAGCACUGUAAAUACGGCGGUGAAUUCAGUCCGGAACACCCAUCGAUUGUGGCUUUCUGGGAGGCUCUGGAGGGUUUCGAUGAUCUGCAGCGCAGGCAGUUGCUCAAGUUCGUCACCAGUUGCUCCAGGCCACCGUUGUUGGGCUUCAAGGACUUGGACCCUCCGUUCUUCAUUCAAAAUGCUGGGGAUAUGGAACGACUGCCGACGGCCAGCACCUGUACCAAUCUGCUGAAGCUUCCGCCCUUCAAUACCGUGGAACAAAUGCGUGAAAAACUGCUCUAUGCCAUACAAUCCGGUGCUGGCUUUGAACUAAGCUAAUCUGUCAAUCCUCAGAGACUCCACAGACACAUAUCCCAAAAUCACA